AUGGGUCUCGCCUACAACAUCUACCUCGAUGUGCCCAAAAUCUACGGCUGCAAAAACUGCAAAACUCAUCUAGCAGACCACGAUGAGAUUGUCAGCCGCAACUUCCGCGGCCAACACGGCAAAGCCUACCUCUUCAGCACAGUAGUCAACACCCUCGCCUCGGACCCUACAGAACGCAAUAUGACGACAGGUCGGCACGUCGUCCGCGACAUCUGUUGCCGGCAAUGUAAGGAAGUCGUGGGUUGGAAAUACGAUCGCGCGUAUGAGAGUACGGAGAAAUAUAAGGAGGGAAAGUAUAUCUUGGAGGAAGGUUUGAUUUGCAGUGUCAAUUGA